CAACAACCCCAGCUCCAGUGAGAGGAUCCGCAACUCACGUCUUGCUUCGUUCCCGGUGAAGCUUCAACGCAGCUACCAUGUGGAUUCUACCGCUGCUGGGAUAUGUGGGGAUUCUUCUGGGAUUUUCAUUUUUGACGCUAGCCAUAGCGUCGGGUUUAUACUACCUUUCCGAGCUCGUCGAAGAACAUACUGUGUUUGCGAAAAAGCUUCUUACGAACCUCAUCUAUGGCAUCAUUGGCCUGCAGCUCCUCCUCAUGCUCGUCGACAGCUUCCCAUAUGGCCUGAGUCUAUUGAGCAUUGUGUCGCAUAUCAUCUACGCACAGAAUCUAAGGCGGUUUCCAAUUGUGAAGUUGACGAGUCCUACGUUCCUCAUUUCUUGCGCACUCGUAAUCGUAAAUCACUACCUCUGGUUCCGCCACUUCUCGACCCCGCCUGCGCACUCCUCCCGCUCCUCCUACCCCUACUCACGCGACCCGUCGAUUCCCACGUUCACAGAAAUCGCAUCCUACUUCGGCCUCUGCGUCUGGCUCGUUCCGUUCGCCCUCUUCGUCUCCCUCUCCGCAGGGGAGAAUGUGUUGCCGAGCAUGGGCAGCGAAUAUGCCACUGGGGAGGGCAGCAGUUUUAUCAGUGCUGGGAAGGAGCCGGGUGCGGAAAACAGUGGGUUCGGGAGUGGGAUGGGCGUCGGCGUAGGUGUGGAAGGGAGGAGAAGGCAGCGGAGCGGGACGAAUGCAGGGAUGGCCAAAGCGAUGGUGAAUGGGGUGCGGGAGUGGGUUGGGGAGACGGGAGAGGUCAUGGGGUUAUGGAAGGGAGAUAAGACGAGGCACACGUUUUGAUGAGUUCUUUUCGGCAUGUUGUAACAUUGCAAUGGGGUUAGGUUUUUUAUGAACCCUACUAUAUAUUUGCUGCAUGUGCUGCUGGCUUGGCGCUGAGUGAACCUCUGGUUAGGAUCCUUCAUAGACCCUCACCAAUUGAAACAGGAACUUCACGGAAUAUAGGGUCCUUGUAUCGAUAGUUGAUUCCUGUCGUUCCUCCCGAUCUCAGCUAGGGAAGUAAAACUGCCUGUUUCUCCAGCCAUUUUAGCACCUAUUCUGUUCUGCUUUACGUUUAUGUAAUGAGGCUGGGACCUGCAUUUGCUGGACAAGGGCGAUUGUUUCAAGUAGCUGAGGG